CAGUUUUAGUUUAUACGAAACAUGAUUGCAAUCUUAUUCGAGUUGGCAUGUUUCCUGAUCUUGGCCAGUGCUGUUUGCUGCAUCAUUCCAGAACCGGAAAAGCCAUUCAAUCCACCUCCACGUCCAAAUUUCAAUUAUAACCUCUGGGAUCCUGUCAAUGAAGAUUUCGAAGGACGCAAGUUGGAUGUUCGUUGGUGGAAUCCGGAAGAAGAAGAUGAAGAUGAAAUUGUUCCAAUCCCACCAAACCUUGCUGUCUAAUCUCUCAUUUUAUUUCUAAAAAUAAAAAUUUUUCGAUAA